UUUUUUAAUAAAUAUGGUUAUGUAUUUCUCCAUUUUACAACUCUCGAUUAACAAGUCUUCGUCAAUGGAAAUAUUCAUGGUAGGUCGAAAGUCACUAUAAAGGAGCGUAUCCUUCCUUUGCCCUUUCCUACAAAUACCCAUUAAUAAUUCUCAUCUUCCUCGUUGUCCUCUUCCUUUCUCUCUGUUAAAUUGCUAAUACCAGCGUCUUCUUUUCAAGAAUCAUCUCCUACUGCAGUAUCCCUCAACAAUGUCAGAACAAAGUACCAGCAUCUAUUCUUCAUCUCCACCAACAUCACCAUCUUCCCCCACCGCCGCCGCAGCCGCCACCACCACCACCAACACCUCCAGCAAGUCCAAAGCUCAAGAGCCAGUAGACAGAACAACAAAACGAGCAAAAGAUAGCAAGCACCCUGUCUAUAGAGGUGUUAGGAUGAGAAGCUGGGGCAAAUGGGUGUCAGAAAUCCGUCAACCCCGCAAGAAAUCACGUAUUUGGCUUGGAACAUUCCCUACGGCGGAAAUGGCUGCUCGUGCCCACGAUGUAGCCGCCAUGAGUAUUAAAGGGAACUCCGCGAUUCUAAAUUUCCCAGAACUCGUUGACUCACUGCCUCGUCCAGUGUCAUUAAUGCCGCAAGAUAUUCAGGCAGCCGCCGCUAAAGCUGCUUCGAUGGUUGAGUUUAACUCAUUACCCUCGUCUUCAUCUUCGUCUUCUUCUUCAUCUCCUUCUUCGUCAUCAUCAGCAAUAUCGGAGUCAUCAUCCUCGGUGUCAGUGUCUGAGGAUGUUUCAGAAUCCGAGGAAUUAAGCGAAAUUGUGGAGUUGCCAAAUAUUGAAGGGAGUCUUGACUUCGCCGAGCCACAGACCGAGUUCAUAUUGUUUGACUCAGUGGAUGGGUGGGUUUACGAUCCUACAGAGAUGAUGAGUGGAGAAUUCUCUGACCAGUUGUUGGAAUUGGAGAGUUUGGUUUCCAGCUACUUUGGAGCUUCAGCUUGGAAUUAGAGGCUAAAAUUGUUAUUUAGAAUAUAAAUAUAUUUCUUUAUCAGGUUAACUAUAUUGAUUUUCGUUCUGGAAUUAUAAUUAA